CCCCAUUCCUCUCCCCGUCUCCUGCACGAGCAAACAGGCGGCCGACCCCGACCGCUAGGGUUUCCCGCCGCCGCCGGCCGCCGGAGUCCCCGCCCGGUCUACUUCCCUUCCUCCGGAUCUGCUCGCCGCGCCAUCUCCCCACCCUCAAUUUGCCUCCGACGCCGGAAGAGCUCGGCCGCCGCCACCUCCCCGCUGGAUCUGCAAUCCGCGCCGCCGAACGACGUUUCCCCUUCCCCGACGAGCUCCGGUUUCCCCGGCGCAUCCUCCCCCCGCCCCGGGUCCCGGCGCCUCCGCACGCCACCUCCCCAGCCCCGACCGAGCGCCGCCUCUGCAACCCCGACCCGGACCACCCCGUCGUCGCCUCUCCAUCCUCGCAAAACAAGGGUUGGAAGGAUGAGGAAGGGACUACAUCCUCAGAUGCAAUGGAUUUCAUACGUGACACAGAGUGGCAGACUGAUGAAUAUCAUGAUGACCAAGGUGAACCAUACCGGCAAAGUGUACCACAUGAGGGCAAAACGUCAAAUGGCUCAGAGCCUUGGCCAGAUUGCGAAAUUCAAACGCCGAUACGAGCAGGAAGCUGAGGAAAACAAAGACAAAUAGGAUAUUUGCAAGAAGCUAUGCAUUCUCUGUAACCUUAAGCAGCUUUGUUGGCUGCAAAGUUUUUAGCUGAGGAACUUUGCUCAUGACAUUUUAUUUUUGAUGGCAUCCUCUUCUGUGCUUCCAUCUCAGUAUCGGGUUUACACCCUUGUUUCUUUUCUUUCAUUAUAUGCCGUCUUGACCAAACUACGCUACUUAUUCCGCAUUGAAGCGUCAAGAAAAUUGACGAGUGAUUAAUCUCUAUUCCAACCUUUUAGAUUCA